AUGCGGGACUCAGUUGAACAAAGGUAUGCCUUGUUAAUCUUCCGGAAAGAGCAUGGAGCGGCUUUCUAUCACUCAAAUGAAGAUUCCGAGCCGUCAAGUGCGAAUACGGACGAAUCAGACGAGUCUGAUUCCCCGUGGGAAGUUUCUUCUGACUCUGAGGUCGAGCAGCGACCAGAACAGAAGCUGCGUCGACAAGACGCGGAUCGGAAAAGUGGUCGGCCUCCAUAUUCAGCGAAGCCAGGGCUGCUGGACUCCACCAAUUUUAUUGUUGAAUGUCUUUGGAGGCUUCCCAUCCGACGUCCCGCGCCAGCCGAUCGUACGAAGGACAAAAACGUUGCUGAUACAACCGGGUACUUGCCAUUUGACCUCAUGUACGUAAGAGAUAAGUUCCCCGGUCUUAACGAGACAGUCGCUGCACGCCUGGCGAAGAUGAUAUCGAGGCGCAGGCAACUGAUACGGUAUCGCAAAGACCACACUGAUGCUUUACAAGAGGAAAAAGCUGCAGUGGUCGAUGUCUCUAAAUCUGAACAUAACAACCUACCGUCCCCUCUUGAAGCCGAUGUGGCCAGCGAGCCGACGCCCAGUUUGAAGGCCCCAAGUCAACGUACAGAGCUUACGAAAGCGACAACCUUAAAAAUGAAUGCUCCCGUGGCGACACUUUGGCCGACGAGUGGACUUUAUGCUCAGUCAGUAUCCGAGUCCGGAUCUUCCAUUGCAUCCGAGCAGACAGCAAAUGCGAUUACGAUCAGGUUUCCAAAUCGACCCAGAACAAAAGGAGGACGAGUUCUGGAACAGUACAUAUGUCCCUACUGCUCGACUGCUCAAAUAACUACGUCGGAACGCAGAUGGAAAAAGCAUGUCUUGUCCGACCUUCAGCCAUACAUAUGCACCUACCCAGACUGCCAACUCAACGACUACUUCUUCGAGAAGAAAGACGACUGGUAUAACCAUGAGUCACGUACGCACCGUGUCGAAUGGUUCUGCAACACGGCGUCUCACCAGUCUUUUGUCGAUAUGCAAGAAUUCCUGGAUCACAUGCACACAGUCCAUUCAGAACCUCUUGAUGGAGCGCAACUUCGUAGUCUUCAUCGUGGCUUUCAGCGACCUUCAAAUGCGCAUUCGGGAACCUGUACGUUGUGUGGCCAACAUGCAAGCAUACUAAAGUCUCAUCUUGCACGGCAUUUAGAACAACUCGCCUUAUUUGCAAUCCCUCAAACAGAUUAUAUGGCUGAUUUGGAGCAAGAUGACACAUCAUCUAAUGCGGCAAGGCAGGGUAUUCCGGAAUUGUCUAGUCCAGGCUCGUCGAUAAUAGCUUGCGAAGUCUCGAGUUGUCAGUCUGAUCCGGAAGCAGACAAUCUUGAGAUCGAUCAUGGAGAAUUUCAUACAGGGGGCAUAAGAAAUGUGCAGCUCCCUGAAGAUAACGAAAAGACUAUAGCAGAUGAAAGUGUGGAUCCUGAAGACGAGAUAGAUACUUCGUGGGAUGAGAUCACGCCAAAGUUCAAGGAAGCCCGAGCUGCAAUGCAUAACGACCAGAAAGCAGAAGUCUCUGAGCGCAGACAAACUCCAGAUGUAUACUCAGCAAGUCCAGAAUCUUCUAACGCCAGGCGCGUGGGACCGAUGAUCACGAGUCUGAACCUUCCUGAGUUACUAGCCCAGUCACGAAGUAGAGAGAGGUCGCAAAUCUCGGAGCAAGAUCAGGACCUCGCUGAGCCCUCUGCAAAGAAGGAGAAUUUGGAUAUCAAUUAUCAGCAAUAUCAAGCAAGAGACAUGGCAAAUGAUUCUACUGCCCCAUCGCUUCGCCAACGGGCUGGCAGUGUUACCUCGAGACUCCUCUCGCCUUUCCGCAGCCGGAGCAAAGUUCAGUCUGCAGAGUAUCCGCCGAUGCCUGGAGAACAACCGAGAAGAAUAAUUGUUGAACGUGUUCCGAGCGGAUCAAAUACUCCUCGUCCGAGCGAUUCAUAUAUCCCUCGUCCGAGCGGUUCAUUCUUUUCUCGUACGAGAAAAGAUCCUCUACUUGAUCAACCUACAGAAAGUAUCACAUCGAAAACCUUCUCACCUUCUCGCAGCACCUCAUCAUUAGUUGGGACAGGAGAGCUACUGGAAGAACGACGAAAAACACGAGUUGAGAACCUCUCCACUACAACUGCAGAUACUGAUGAGCCAGAGGUGCUCUUCGUAGCAGCUAGCCUUUUCGAGUUCAAAAUAGGGCAUGAACGCAGAGAAGGCGGAAUUCCAUAUCUGUGGUACGUGCCGGGUGAGGUAUUCGAUGUUAUUGGUAUCAAAGGUGAGCUAUGGCUUGCGCGAAAUCAAGAUGACGAAACAAAGACGGUAGGAUGGAUUUGGGAGAAACACUUUGAGCGACUUGAUCCGGGAGACAGAUAG